UGAUCCCUACCAACCGGGACCGAUGUAUUUCCUCACUCCAAGGAAGUGUGGCCUCUUUGGAAUUGUGUUUCAAAGGGAUCAAACAGCGUCAUAAGCUAUUUAGACCAUUUUUUCGAUAAUUACGGGUUAGGAGAAAUGGACGUAGAGCUGCAUUGUGAUAAUUGCAGCGGCCAGAAUAAAAAUAAUUACUUUCUCUGGUAUCUAGCCUGGCGUGUGAUGAAUAAUCUACAUCGGUCAAUCACAAUGAAUUUUCUGAUAACUGGCCACACCAAAUUUGCACCAGACUGGUGUUUUGGACUUAUAAAGCAAAAAUACCGCUUAACAAUGGUAUCCUGCUUGGAUGAUAUUGCAAAUGUUGUUAGAAAUAGUACCACAGUGGGAAUUAACAUUGCCCAAAAAGUAGGAAAUGAAGAUGGAUCUGUAGUUGUAAACAUCUAUGAUUGGCAAGCAUUCUUCAAUCCUUUCUUCAGGAAAAUGCCUGGCAUCAAGAAAUAUCAUCAUUUCAGAUUUGACAGCAACCAUCCAGGCAUGGUUUUCAGAAAGUUGUACGCCGACUCUGAAGAAGAAAUUUUUAAUCUAAUCAUUGAUUCCUCUGUGGUUCCACAUAACGAGAAACCGGAUAUAAUUCCUCCACCGGGACUGUCAGCAGAAAGACAGCUGUACCUAUAUCAAAAGAUUCGUGAAUUCUGCCGUGUUGAAACUCGGGAUAUAUCUUGCCCACUACCACAGGCUUUACCACCACCACAAGAUCUACCAGAAUCUAUGACCGCUCCUAAUAAUAGUGACUUACCUGAUCAUAGCACUCCAGAUUCAGACAGUGAUGCGGAAUUCGCUCCUCCGCUGGCCAAGCGUGGUCGGGGACGCUUUCAUGUCCGGGUCCGUGGGCGUGGCCAUUAAUAGUCACACAUCGCAAAUGUAAAGGGUGGA